AUGAUUCCUCAAGAAAGUAUAGGUAUGUUUAAAUUUGACAAAAUUUGGUCUUCAGAAAAUUGAAUAUCAUUUCAUAAAGGUAUAACAUAACUUCACAAUUCUGGUUUUGAUUGAAAAAUAUUUCACAAUAAAAUGAUUUAUCAUCAAAAUUCUGAAUGUUUUUCUUGAGUUUUUUCAGAGCUCAUUUCGAUUUUGUAGUAUCAAUUUCAAAUUUAUUGAAACUUUUUUUUCAUUUUCUGUCUAAAAAAAUAAAUUUCUCAGGAAUUCCCCGACGUGUUCUUCAAAAUCUUCCAAGAGAAACUCCUCCAGUAUUUAUCGAGACAACCAAAAACAUCGAAGUGCAAACCAACAAAUUUGUUCAAAAAACCUCAAAAAUCGUAUCUGAAAAUAAAUUACUCAAAGACUUUGCAUCAUUAUUCACGGGUUGUCAAUUAAAUCAAAUCAUGUUUACUCCACCAACCGCAAAUUCUGAUAGAACUAUUAUUUCACCGGAGUUAAGGUAUAUUUUGAUAAUUUGAAAUUCUCUUAAAUCUUACUGGAUUUUAGGUGCUCAAAAAAAUCAAUCGCAGGAUGUCAAACAGCACAUGUUAGUUGUAUCAUUCCAGAUAAAUCGAAAUAUCCACUAACUUCUGGAUUUGUGAGUUUUGUUUAUUAUUGUCUGAAAAUUUGAGUCAUAACAAUUUAGGCAAAAAUAAAUGGUGCUGAUUGGGCAACAACAAAUUUGGUGCAAUCAAUAGCAGAAUUUGACCUAGAAUGUGAUAUUUAUAAUCGUUGGACCUAUAUUUCUGAUAUUCCAGGAAUGAUAGGAGAAGUAUUCCCAACAAAUGAAAUAUUUUGUCUUCUUGUUCCAAUUAUCUCUGAAAGUAAUGCUGGUGAUUUCGAAGAAGUUAAUAAUUAA